GCAUUUUGGCCGGACGAUAAUCUGUCCGAAAUAUCAAUAUUAUUAUCCUUGCGUUUCUGUGAGAGGCGAAAGCAACUAUCCCGCAUUGCAGCACGAAACAGCUGCCCAUCUUGAGUAAUUGCAUCAUGUCCGCUCCUCACCAAGACUACUAUAAGAUACUCGAUAUUCCCUCGACAGCUACGCAGCAACAAAUUCGAGAUGCGUAUAAACGAGCGGCACUGAAGUCGCAUCCAGAUCGCGUGCCAGCGGACUCUCCGGAACGAACGAAACGCACCAAGAAGUUCCAGCAAGUCAAUGAUGCAUACUACACCCUGUCUGACCCGGCCCGACGGCGGGAAUACGAUGCUGCGCGUGCGUAUCACUUUGGUGACGAGCCCGAGACUCCCGAGGAGGAAAUCCCGCGCCAAGAGAAAGCCAGCGGAGGGUUCCCUUGGUCAGCUUUUGGAUUUGGCGCUAAGAAUGAGGCCGAGGAGGAAAGCUUCAGUAACGAGCAGUUCGGAUCGGUCUUUGAAGAGAUGAUGCGCGAGGAGGGCAUGGCUGAAGGCGAGCAAGCCCGCCCCACUUCCAAAUUCUGGAGUCUAGUUGGUGGCUUGAGCGGAGGAGCGAUGGGUUUCAUUGUUGCGAACUUCCCUGGUGCGUUGGCAGGUGCUGUGGCUGGCAACCGGCUUGGCGCGAUCCGUGAUGCGCGAGGCAAGAGUGUCUAUACCGUGUUCCGAGAGUUGCCGCAAUCUCAGAAGACCCAGUUGCUCAGCGAGCUGGCAGCAAAGGUGUUUGCGCAUGCUGUCGGAUCGUAAUGCUUAUGGUAGUAUGAUAUGACGUUGCUGUUCUUGCGUAUUGGGACGUGCUUGUGGCUUGAUGUUCUGCGAUGCUUCACUUGGUAACGACUUAUUUGACGGGAGUUUGGGUUGUUAUGACAUGAUUGUGUUGGAAGAAGAUCGAUAGCUUCACCAACGUUACGGAUGGAAGCGGAUCCCCUGCUUUGACCCCGUAUCAUGGCGUGGCGUGGGACGUAUAGCCAUGCAUGGGGGCGCAGCUGGGUGAGUUGGCUUUCGGUGGAAACGGGCAGAGUUAUGCAUUACUGGAUUGGGAACUAAACUGAAGGUAUAUAUUUGGCGGAAAUCAUAUCUUUUUA